AUGUUUAAAAAACUGUUUUCUUUUCUUGCACUGGCCUUACUGCUGCUGGUGGCGGUUUUGCUGUUUAACACUUUACGCGCAAAACCCUGGCCCCUGCACAAAGCAGCUGUGCUGGAACCCUUACCCGAUUCGGCUAUUCUGCACAUGAGCCAGGCCAUCCGCAUUGCCACCGUUUCACCAGAAGAUACUUUGCGCAUUGACAGUGUACAUUUUAACCAGUUCCGUCUUUUUUUAGAGCGGUCAUACCCAUUGGUUCACCAGCAGCUCAGCAGAACUAUUAUAAAAAAUUACAGUUAUGUGUAUGAAUGGAAGGGUUCGGACAGCACAUUAAAUCCCAUUAUACUUAUGGGUCAUUACGAUGUGGUACCUGUGGAGCCCUCAGCCGUAAAACUCUGGACAGUACAGCCUUUUGGCGGAGAAAUAAAGGACAGUAUUAUAUGGGGAAGGGGCGCGGUAGACGACAAGGCGGCAGUGAUUUCUAUACUGGAAGCCUCAGAGCAUUUACUGAAAAUGGGCUUUAAACCGGUACGAACUAUCCUUCUGUGUUUUGGCCACAAUGAAGAGUCUACAGGUACGGGCGCCAUUGCCACCGUUGAUUACCUGCAGAAAAGAAAAAUCAGGGCAGAUAUGGUAAUUGAUGAGGGAGGAGAAAUUACUACCGGCAAAAUGAAAGACGUGAAGCGCCCCAUUGCCAUGAUUGGUGUAGCAGAGAAAGGAUAUGUAACAUUUGAGUUGGCAGUGCAAAAGCCAGGGGGUCAUUCCUCCAAACCAGCCAAAGAAACCGCCAUUGAUAUACUGGCAACGGCGUUGUUUAAAUUAAGAAGUGUGCAAAUGCCUUUCCGCCUUACGGAUCCGGUAAAAGAAUUUUUACAGCGGGUAAGCGGUUCUUCAGAUAAUUUUCUGAACAGAACUGCACUUUCCAAUAUGUGGCUUUUUUCAUCCACCGUUCAGCAGACAUUGGCCAAUACACCGGAAGGGGAAGCCAUGCUGCGCACCACCAUUGUGCCCACUAUCUUGGAAAGCGGUAUCAGGGAAAAUGUAAUACCUACCAAUGCUAAAGCUAUUGUAAACAGCCGCAUCCUUACCGGCGAAACCACCCGGCAGGUGCAGGAUUUUAUCAGCAAAGCCAUCAACGACGACCGGGUUACGAUUACUAUAAAAGGGGAUUUCAAUACAGAGCCAUCUCCCCUUACCGAUACUAAAUCUCCGGCUUUCAGGAUAAUGGAAGAAGCCGUUUACCAGACGCUGGACGAUGUGAUACCGGUUCCCUAUACGAUGCUGGGGGCGAGCGAUUCAAGAAACUACAGGGCCAUCAGCAAUGGCGUUAUUAAUUUUACACCGCUUAUGAACAGCAAGGGGUUUCAUGGCAUAGAUGAAAGGUUGCCGAUUAAAGAUUUUCAGCGGAGUAUCAAUUUUUUUGCCAGCAUUAUUAAAGAAAGUGGAAAACCCAUUGCUGUGCAGGGUAAAUAG